UAUCUGUCGGAUUAGUAUUUGUAACUUUAUCAGGCACCGGUGAAACAGACCCUUCGUCUGAUAAAUGGGUCGUGAACUGUUCAGUCACAUUUCAAAUGUUUAUUCGAAAUAAAUUAUGUAAAAAAACAUUCAGAUUUAUGACGAUUUUCACUUGUCCAAUAAGCUUUGCGCAACGUAUUUGGUAUAAUUUUUCUAACAAAUGGCAUGUUUGUCAGAGUUAUUAAACAGUCCAGCUUCGCUACAGCAACCCAUGUUUAUCAAAACUUAAGUAACAGUUCAAAGUGCAAGGCUAUCUCAGAAAUUUCGAAGAACAAAUCUACGAAAAGGAGUGUCAACGUGGAAGAUUCAGCUCUCAAAAUGUGCACGCUGGAGCGAAAAAUUAUUAGCACUCCUAAUGCACCGCAGCCCGUCGCACCUUACCAUCAGGCUGUUCAAGUGGGACACACUUUGUAUUUGUCAGGCGUACUGGGGCUCGACAAAGAUACCAAUAAGUUGAUUAAUGGUGAUACAGCUGCAGAAGCAGAGAAAGCAUUAACAAAUAUGGGCCACAUUUUAGAAGCUGCAUCAACAUCAUUUCAAAAUGAACACAAACAUUUAACAUCAACAUAUUUUCUAGUGGUCAAGACUACAAUUUUUUUGGCUGAUAUUGCUGAUUUUGCUGCAGUAAAUGAAGUGUAUAAAAAAUUUUUCAAGGAGCCCUUUCCUGCACGUUCAGCAUUUCAAGUAGGAAAGUUACCCUUGGAUGCAAAAGUGGAAAUUGAAGCAAUCGCAGUUGUGGGGACUAUUAAGAAUGUCUUAUAGCCCAAAAUAUGAAAAUUAAACAUUUAGAGAGUUCAAUUUUUGUAAUGCAGAUUUUGAAUCAAUAAAUGAAAAGCAUUUUCAGACCUUUCAGUUUUU